AUGGUUAAUUAUUUAGAGGAAAAAGUAAGAAAAGUAAAAAGUAUAGGACAAAAUAAAAUUAAACCUGUUAAUAAAAAAAAACAAAAAUUGUAUAAAAAACUGAAAGUAUUAAAAGCAGGUGGUUUUUAUUGGAAAUUUAUACAUGGAGAUAUAGUAGUCUCUACGUUUAUAAAUUUCUUAGUGAAAAGUGGAUGUAAGAACAGAGCGAUUAGAAUUUUCUUUAAGGCUAUUUCCGCCUUAAAGUCUAAAUUUGGGAUAAAUCCAGUAUUAUUACUUAAGUACAUUAUACUAAGACGUAAUGUAUUACAUAGGGUAACAACUAAAAAAAUAAAAAAAAAAACUUUCUACUAUUUACGUCUUUUAGAUUUUGAUAGACAAAUAAAAAACACAGUUAGGAAACUAAUGAAAUUAGUUUUUUAUUUAAAGGAUAAAAAACAUUUGAAAUUAUGGCAAUGUAUUUUUCUAGUCUUACUGAAUUUCUGUACCUUAAGUGGUGAUUCAAAUAGUAUUAACGUUGUUUUAAAUAUGAAUGAGAAAAAAUUUAAGUUUUUUUUUUAUUUUUAUAGUUUUUAUAGGAAGUUGCGUACUUUUAUACAUUUAUACAAGCGUAUAUAUAUAAGAACUAAAAAAGUAGUACUUUUUUUACAUAAUGUACUAGGUACUAUGCCACGUUACAUAAAUUAUAUUAUUUUAAAUAUUUCUUAUAUGAAAAACAAAAUUGGUUUAAGUAUCUUAUACUAUUAUAAGAUAUUAUAUAACUUUCUUUAUUUGAUGAAACAUCGAGAACUAAGAAUAAAAAAAUUUUUUACUAAGAAGACGUUAAAGGUAAAAAAAAAAGUGUCUAGGUAUUUAUCGCAUUAUAUUAAGUACCUUGGAGAGUUAAAAACAAAGAAACGAAUGUUUUUCAAAUCUUUAAAAUACAAAUUCAAGGAUAAAAAAAUAAAAGAAACGUUUUUGAAUUAUUUUUUUUUUAAAGAAUUAGCAGAGUUUAAAAAAGCAGCAGAAUUUAAAAAUUCAAUCUUGAAUUUUAAAAGAUCUAAUAAAAGAAAAAGAGAAUUAUCAAUGGGUACUCGUAUUCAUACUAAAUAUGAUGUUAAAUUAAGACAUAGAAAAAUAUUUUUUCGUGUUUCUAAGUAUGGACAAUUAAAAAAAUAA